CAUCAGAAAGAUCGGUAGGAGUAGGGUAUAUAAGUUUCAGAGCAGGAACAGCAGCAGAAGAAGCAACUCUUUCAAGUCCAUCUGCCCCAGCAGCCUGCACCAGGACAAGAUGUGUCUUCGGCAGUUGGUCAUCUCCUGGGUCUCCUUGGUUUUGCUGGCAUCUCCCCUCUUGGCCAUAUGGGAACUGGAGAAAAAUGUCUAUGUUGUGGAGUUGGAUUGGUACCCUGACGCGCCCGGAGAAAUGGUGGUCCUCACCUGUGAUACUCCUGAAGAGGAGGGCAUCACCUGGACCUCAGAUCAGAGCAGUGAGGUCUUAGGCUCUGGCAAAACCCUGACCAUCCACGUCAAAGAGUUUGGAGAUGCUGGCCGCUACACCUGUCACAAAGGAGGUGAAGUUCUCAACCAGUUGUUCUUGCUGCUUCACAAAAAGGAAGAUGGAAUUUGGUCCACUGAUAUUCUGAAGGACCCCAAAGAACCUAAAAAUAAGACCUUUCUAAAAUGUGAGGCAAAGAAUUAUUCUGGGCAUUUCACCUGCUGGUGGCUGACAACAAUCAGUACUGAUGUGAAAUUCAGUGUCAAGAGCAGCAGAGGCUCCUCUGACCCUCAAGGGGUGACGUGUGGAGAAGCGACUCUCUCUGCAGAGAGGGUCAAAGUGGAGCAGAAAGAGUACAAGAAGUACUCGGUGCAGUGCCAGGAGGACAGCGCCUGCCCAACGGCUGAGGAGAGCCUGCCGGUUGCAGUGGUGCUGGACGCGGUUCACAAGCUCAAGUACGAAAACUACACCCGCAGCUUCUUCAUCAGGGACAUCAUUAAACCCGACCCACCCAAGAACCUAAAACUGAAGCCAUCCAAGACUCCUCAGCAGGUGGAGGUCAGCUGGGAGUACCCGGACACCUGGAGCACCCCACACUCCUACUUCUCCCUGACAUUCUCCGUGAAGGUCCAGGGCAAGAGGAAGAACAAGACAAUCCUUGUGGACGAGACCUCAGCCACAGUGACCUGCCACAAGGGUGCCAAGAUCCAUGUGCAAGCCCGGGACCGCUACUAUAACUCAUCUUGGAGUGAAUGGGCAACUGUGUCCUGCCCCUAGGUUCCAAUCCCAGGAUGAAACUUUGGAGAAAAUAUGGAAGAUAUUCUGCAAAGAAUUUUAAAAACAUAUUGGAAGGAACCCAAAAUAACAUUUUCCACUUGAUUUGCUUUUUAAACAAUUUUUAGCACUAUAAUGAUACCUUUGCUAUAUUUUUAUAUGUAGAAGCUAGGUGCUCAUGGAUACAAUGAGCUAAUUUAUUUAUAGAUUUUUUUCAGCACUCUAAUUGCCACUGACCUUAAUGCUAUUUAAAUAUUUAAGUAAUUUAUGUAUUUAUUAAUUUAUUACUGUUAUUUAAGACUUAUGUGCCAGGAUGUAUUGAAUGGUUCGUAAUCUCAUGACCUGAUCUGUAGAAAUCAGACCCUAUUAUGCAAAAUGUGAACUUCAGUGUUAUUUAAACUGACAUCAUUCCAAAUGAAGCUGCAGGUGCACUGACCUUCUGACAACCAGAAGCAGCUCCAUGCUGACACGGGCACUGUCAUAUAUUUGGACUGGAUGGGAACACAGAUGUUUAAGUGGAGACACGAAGACGUGAAG